CAAUAAAUCAAAAAGUGCCUUAGUAGAAUGUUUAUUUAAGACGGAAAGAAGAAUAAAAACAAAGACCACGGCGACAAAAUGCCAAAAAACUUGUUACUUUUCAAAAAGUUAAUACCAGAAAUAAACUUCGCGAAAAGAAAUCUUACAUCGCCGCUCGGCCGGAACAUAUACAUCAGUUAAAUAGUGGUGCUUAAAUCAACCAAGUUGAAAAACAAAUAAAAAAAAAAAAAACAAAAAUAAGACAGAGUGCCAUAAAGUUUUUCUCCAAGAAAAAAUCUUAUGGUGUGACAAGUUGCCUUAGCCGACAAAGUUGGAAAUAAAAAAAAAAAAUAGGAACACCAAAAAUCAGUGAUACUAGUUAAGCCGCAAUGCGAAUACGAUUCGUGCGUCUUCUCAAUCAUUGGUCGAAGGUCACUUAAAAAGUUAAAUUUUGAAAAAAGAAUAAUGAUGAAUAACAGUCAAUUCCACGAGUUGUUCGGCUCUCAGUGGCCUCCGGACCAGCAUGGAGGUCACUCGUCGGCAUCGACGAUGCUGCACCAGGGACAGGGUUUGCCCCAGGGUAUGCAAUUGAAGAGAGAGCCGCACACUGAGGUCCAGGGCGUGAUGCAUAACCAGAUGGGUAUGGACAUAACAUCAGGAUCUGUGGCCGAUAGCACCUCACCCCCUCCAGGGAAUAGCGAGGGGAUGUUCGGUUCCUCUAUAUCAGGGAUGUUCAUGGACAAGAAAGCUGCCAACUCGAUCAGAGGUAAAUCGCAAAUCGAGAUAAUACCCUGCAAAGUCUGCGGGGACAAGUCAUCAGGGGUUCACUACGGCGUCAUCACUUGUGAAGGGUGUAAAGGGUUCUUCAGACGCUCCCAGAGUACAGUGGUGAACUACCAAUGCCCGAGGAACAAGGCCUGUGUCGUGGACCGUGUUAACCGGAAUAGAUGUCAGUAUUGCCGGCUACAGAAGUGUCUCAAAUUGGGGAUGAGCCGUGAUGCCGUGAAGUUCGGGCGUAUGUCGAAGAAACAACGCGAGAAAGUCGAGGAUGAAGUCAGAUAUUUCCAGGAGAAGAUGCGUUCACAGGCUGACGCUGCACCGGAUUCAGUUUACGACACACAGCAACAGACGCCCAGCUCCAGCGAUCAGUAUCAUGGACAUUACAGUAGCUACCCAGGCUACGGCUCCCCACUCUCCUCAUACGGGUACAACAACCCGCCGCUCAACUCCAACAUGAACAUUCAAGCCCAACCUCCCCAGUACGACGUGUCAGCCGACUACGUCGACUCAACGACCGCUUACGAACCGAAGCAGAGUGCUGAAGGAGAUAUCAGCAAAGUUUUGGUUAAGAGUCUGGCUGAAGCUCACACAAAUACGAAUCCUAAGCUAGAAUACAUUCAUGAGAUGUUCCGGAAACCACCAGAUGUGCCCAAACUGCUGUUCUACAAUUCGAUGACAUACGAGGAGAUGUGGUUGGACUGCGCGGACAAGCUGACGGCUAUGAUACAGAACAUCAUAGAGUUCGCAAAACUCAUCCCCGGCUUCAUGAAACUGAGCCAAGACGAUCAAAUCCUGUUACUUAAAUCGGGUUCAUUCGAGCUGGCCAUAGUUCGCUUGUCACGGCUGAUUGAUGUAAAUCGCGACCAAGUGCUGUAUGGUGACGUCGUGCUGCCUAUUCGAGAGUGUGUACACGCACGUGACCCUCGCGAUAUGAACUUGGUGUCAGGAAUCUUCGACGCCGCUAAGACAAUUGCACGACUCAAGCUCACCGAGACGGAGCUUGCCCUGUAUCAGAGUCUCGUGUUGUUGUGGCCAGAACGGCACGGCGUACGCGGUAACCCGGAGAUUCAGUGCUUGUUUAAUAUGUCAAUGGCCGCGAUGCGCCACGAGAUUGAGACGAACCACGCACCUUUGAAGGGAGACGUUACUGUACUAGACACUCUUCUCACUAAGAUACCCACCUUCAGAGAACUGUCGUUGCUGCAUUUGGAGGCGCUCUGCCGUUUCAAGGCGGCUCAUCCACAUCACGUAUUCCCAGCUCUGUACAAAGAAUUAUUUUCUUUAGACAGCGUUUUAGAUUACACACACGGAUAAAAGAGUAUUUAUAUAUAUUUAUCGAGGGUAUCUCCUUUGAGUUGCGACUAGAUCUCAUUUUUGCCUAUGAAAACGGGACGUUGGCAGCAGUGAGGCCGUGUGACUUCUAAAGACUUGACAGCUGAGUUUCAUUUAUUUCCAGCCCCCCCCCCCGUCACUAUCGCUGGAGGCGUCUGUUCACCGUUUGUUAACCUAUUUAUAAUUGUAUGUAUGUACUUUGAGACUGUUAUAAUGAUAUUUAUGUAUUAGUACGUACGUACAAUAUUAAUAUUUAAAUGUUUAUUUAAUUCGAGUCGUAAGUACGGAUGGGCGUCUUCAGUUCUACAUUUAUUGUCAGAACGCUUGGCGAGAUAUUGGUUAACUUUACAUAUAAAUGUAGAGUAAAGGAAAUACUUGAAACCGAGUACGUCGUAUAUGUAAUUACAUAAUAAUAUAUUUUUACAUAUUAUUAUGUAUUACAUGAAUGACAUUACAUAUAAUUAUCAUAAAUUGUAUUCUAAUAUUGACGAUGAAAU